ACAACAAAAAAACCCCGCCGGGGGCCGCCUGCCUGCGCCGGGGCUGUGCCGGCGCCCCAUGAGCGCCGGGCGAACAGGUGCCGAGUGACCCGGGCGGCCCCGGCCCGGCUCGGCCCGGCCCGGCUCGGCUCGGGGGUGCCGCGUGCGAGCGGUGCCGGGGGACGAUGGAGAGCGGCGACCGGGACAUGUACCGGCAGUUCCAGGACUGGUGCCUCCGGACUUACGGGGACUCGGGCAAAACCAAGACGGUGACCCGUAAAAAAUACGAGCGGAUCGUCCAGCUGCUGAACGGCUCCGAGUCGAGCUCCACGGAUAACGCCAAAUUCAAAUUCUGGGUCAAAUCUAAAGGCUUCCAGCUCGGCGACUCGGACGAGGUCAGUGGUGGUGCUGGAGGAGGGAAGCAAGUGCUGUACGUGCCAGUCAAAACCACGGAUGGAGUAGGUGUAGAUGAGAAGCUGUCUUUACGGCGGGUAGCCGUGGUAGAAGAUUUCUUUGACAUUAUCUAUUCCAUGCAUGUUGAAACUGGGCCUAAUGGAGAACAAAUCAGAAAACAUGCUGGACAGAAGAGAACAUAUAAAGCAAUUUCAGAGACCUAUGCCUUCCUACCGAGAGAAGCGGUGACACGAUUUCUAAUGAGUUGCUCAGAGUGCCAGAAAAGAAUGCAUUUAAACCCAGAUGGAGCAGAUCAUAAAGAUAAUGGAAAACCACCAACACUGGUGACCAGCAUGAUUGAUUACAAUAUGCCAAUUACUAUGGCCUAUAUGAAACACAUGAAGCUGCAGCUACUAAAUUCACAGCAAGAUGAGGAUGAAAGCUCUAUAGAAAGUGAUGAGUUUGAUAUGAGUGACUCUACGAGGAUGUCAGCUGUGAACUCUGACCUCAGUUCAAAUCUCGAAGAAAGAAUGCAAAGUCCUCAGAAUCUCCAGGGCCAGCAGGAUGAUGAUUCAGCCGCAGAGAGUUUUAAUGGCAAUGAGACCGUGGGACACAGUUCCAAUGCUUCAGGGGGAACACACUGCAGGGAGAUGGCAGAAACCAACAGUAAUGGCAAAACAAAUCUGGAGCAGGAUGAGCAGCCUCUGAACCUGAGUGACAGUCCCCUCUCUGCUCAGCUGACUUCAGAAUACAGACUAGAUGAUCACAGCAGUAAUGGAAAGAACAAAUACAAGACUCUCCUAAUUUCUGAUCUCAAGAUGGAACGGGAGGCAAGAGAAAAUGGAAGCAAGUCUCCUGCACAUAGCUAUUCAAGCUAUGACUCUGGCAAGAAUGAGAGCGUAGACAGAGGUGCUGAAGAUCUGUCUCUGAAUCGAGGGGAUGAGGACGAGGAUGACCAUGAUGAGCAGGAAGAUCCUGAGAAGGUUAAUGAGUCAGAUGGGGUAGAAGCUGAGCGACUGAAAGCUUUUAAUAUGUUUGUCAGGCUGUUUGUAGAUGAAAACCUGGAUCGGAUGGUUCCCAUCUCCAAGCAGCCCAAAGAGAAGAUCCAGGCCAUCAUCGAGUCCUGCAGCCGGCAGUUCCCCGAGUUCCAGGAGCGUGCCAGAAAGCGCAUACGCACGUACCUCAAGUCCUGCCGCCGGAUGAAAAGAAGUGGUUUUGAGAUGUCACGACCUAUUCCCUCACACCUUACUUCAGCAGUUGCAGAGAGUAUCCUGGCUUCCGCCUGUGAGAGUGAAAGCAGAAAUGCUGCAAAAAGGAUGCGGUUGGAUAGACAGCAGGAUGAAGCUACACCAGCUGACAAACAGUACAAACAGGAGCCAGCCCAGGUCACUUACUCAACAUCAGCUGUUUCCAGCACACAGGAGGUGUUGUACAUCAAUGGAAACGGGACCUACAGUUACCAUAGUUACAGAGGGCUCGGAGGUGGGCUGCUAAAUCUCAAUGAUGCUUCUAGCAGUGAUCUGCAGCCAACUUCCACUACAGCCACAACUCAGCACUGCAUCCCAGGCUCCACAAACGUCCAGUCUCCUUCCAACUCAGGUCCAACAGAUCUCAGUAUGAAGAGGCAGUUAGCAAGCAGCUCGGGCUCCUCCAGCAGUACAAGCUCCAGACCCCAGCUGAGCCCCACCGAAAUCAACGCUGUGAGGCAGCUGGUGGCAGGGUACCGGGAAUCAGCCGCCUUUUUAUUGCGUUCUGCAGAUGAACUGGAAAACCUGAUUUUGCAGCAGAACUGAGUCAUGUGAUCUACAACACCGGCCUGGUCUUAUCUCAGAGUUUCCACUAAUGACAUUUUGAUUUCCCAGAGCACACACUUCAGUUACCGCACAGUCUUUUAGGAGAGUUAAUUACCGUAAUGCCACACUGUUCUUGAUCCAUAAAGUGAUGUGUUAAGGUGCUUCAAGUGAACUUCAACCUCUGGUAUUUCUGAGGUACUUUACUGUGUCCAGCCUAUUGCUUUUGUUUUAGUGUGUCAGCAUAAAUAUCGAAACAGUGGCUAGAAAUUAACUCGUUCUAACACGUGGAGGAAACAGAAGAUGCUGUGAUGUUUUUUGAAAACAAGGUUCAAGAUCCAAGUGCAAUAUUAGUGGAAUGUGAUACUGACUCAUUGGACUUAAAGCUGCAGUAUAUGGCAAACCGUUGCCAAAUGUCCUGUUGCUACAGGGCACAAUUGCAAUUAAAAGGAUCUUGUAUUUUAAAAAAAAAUAUGUAAUUUUUAUAUAAAAACAAAACAAAAGAUUUUUUUGUUUUCAUUCAAGAUUUUUCAUUUUUACUUUGGUAAACUUUUUCACUGGUCCUGAAAACGUUUUGAGGAGCUAUUGUAAGUCCCCUUUCCUCUCUUGAACCCCUGAAUGUGCCCUUCUCCCCAACUUCAUAUUCUUUCUACAGUGAGUAACUCUUGAUGCUGGAUAAUUCUCCCCUGUGUACUGUAAAUUGUCAUCUAUGGAAUACCUUCCAAAGGAAGCAUGAAUUUCCUGCAUUCAUACCAUUCUCAGCUCCAUUCUGUAAUAUAUUGCAGCUUUAUUAGCAAUUAAUAAAAAGUUGAGGGUUUUUUAAAAAAAUGACAUAUCAUUGAGAAAACAAAUUGAGAAGUUGAUUUCUUACAGUGAGCUCAUCUAACUCCAUGAUCACUGCUGUCCUAGACAAGUCCCUCUAGUUGUAAUUGGAUAUAGGUGAUGAAUGUUAAGAGGUUGCAAGUGACAAUCUGAAAAUUUGCACUCUUGUGUGUAUUUAUUUUAUUUUCCUUAAUUUAAACAAAAUUCUAAUGGAGGAAGGUCACUGACACUUCUGGUAUGAUAUGUAUAAUUCCCAGGCCUAGCUAAAAACUGUACAAAAAUGUAAAUGGGUGCAGCUGCAACUAUACUGAAACUCUUCUCUCUCCCCUACCCCCCCACCCCCAACUCUUCCCAACCCCUCUAUUUCUUAUUUUAUAAUAUUGAUUACACAUUAAUGGUGUUUUCUUUGUGCACUAUGGCAGGUUUAUUUUUAAGUAUAUAGAAACAGUAAUUUAGUUUAUGCUUACUGUACUAUCUGUUCUGUUGUUUGGCUUUUGUUGAAUAACAAGUUUCUUGUGCAUUCCUAAAUUUGCCUUAUUUCAUGUACAAAAUUUUAUGUAAUUCCAUUUUUUGACAAUGAGUUUAAGGCAUCGGUGAUAUUUUAUAUCUACUUGUUACAUAUAGUUUUCCAAGUAAUGACUGUGAUUGUGACCAAGUAAUGUGCACUUUUUCUUGUAAGUGUGGACAUUGCUAUGCUUUUUUUUCCUCUAGUGUUUCUAGAAUUACUGUUGCUUACAGUUAUGUAAAAGAAAAAGAACUUUUGUGAUACUGUUGGUGAAUAUUAAUGUGAAAAAGCCUAUGAAAUAUGAGUAUUUUGAAGGUACAUAAAUACACAAACAUCUCUAAGUUGUGAACUGAUGUUCACAUAUUUAAAUGGGAAUUCAAAACCUGAGGGCUGGAAUCAUUUCCUCUGUUUUGUUUGGGUAAAUAAACAUAUUUCUGUGUUUAAAUACA